AUGGAAAGAAAUCAAAUGCAAAUGCAUAGGCAAAUUGCUACCAUUCGCAAAUCGCUUUUCGAUCAGGGAUAUCUGGACGAGCAAUUCGUACAGUUGGAGGAGUUGCAAGACAAUUCGAAUCCCAAUUUCGUGGAGGAAGUCGUCACCUUGUUCUAUCGUGAUUCCGCUCGUUUUCUCUAUAAUCUCGAUCAAGCCUUGGAAAAGAGGCCUUUGGAUUUCAGUAGAUUAGACAGCUUAAUGCAUCAGUUUAAAGGUAGCAGUUCUAGCAUUGGUGCCAAGAAGGUUAAGAUUGAGUGCACCCACUUCAGGGACUACUGCAAUGCCAGAAAUACUGAAGGAUGCAAGAGGACCUUCCAACAUGUCAAGAAAGAAUAUACAACUCUCAAAAAGAAGCUUGAAGCUUAUUUUCAGAUGUCAAGACAAGCUGGGCCCAUCGAGACGGCAUGCCGGCCCAGAUAAAAGUUUUGGAUUCUAAUGGGCUAAAGAUGGCCCAUUUAGUAGACUAUGCUUAACAAACCAAACCCAUUGGGCCUCAUUGUACUAGUAGUGGUAUAUUGUCAUAAAACGAGGUCGUCUUGAUAGAAGAGAAAUGCUUUAGAGGGUGGUACGAUGUGGUGUUCUACUUGUUCUUGGUUUUUGGUUUC